AUGGACGACUCGAGCAAUCCUUCUCACACAACUGAAUUUUCUCCCGAAGCACGAAAAAUACAAGGAACUACUUCUACAGAAAAUAUUAACGACAAUCAUGGGUCAAUAUUCGAUGAGUUACAAUCUCCAGUUAUCGGCUCACUUUUUGAUUCUGACUCCGAAUCCGAGGAUGAAGAACUAGAGCCAGUGUCAUACAUCCCUGAAUGUCCUUCCCAAAUGAAGCCACAUAUUGGACAGGUUUUUCAUACCUUGGAUGAUGCUACAGUCUUCUAUAAUAAAUAUGCACGGCAGGUAGGGUUUGACAUCCGUAAACAUGGAUCUAAAAGGGUUGGAGAUCUGGUUACAUGGCUAUACGUUGUGUGUAGUAGAGAAGGUGAGAAGCGAGUGAAUUAUAAACAGCCCGAGACUAAACGUAGACGUUCAUCUAGAAAGUGUCUUUGUAAGGCUAAAGUUGCUUUUAAGUUUUGCAAGGGUACUGGUUAUGUUGUUAAACAGUUUGAAGAGCGACAUAAUCACGAUAUGGUUCAAUUACGUCACAAGCGAUUUAUGAGGCUCAAUCGCAAUAUCAACCCAGUGCAUCAGAAAUUCAUAGCAGAUUGCGCAAGUGCAAAUAUCGGUCCCACAUUGACUUUUAGUCUGCUUAGCGAGGUCUUAGGUGGUUUGGAUUACGUCAGAUGCACCAUUGUCGAGGUUCGCAACUAUAGGCGUGAUCUUAGAGCAUAUGUGGAUGGUGCUGAUGCGCAAAUGGUAUUGAAUGAUAUGAAGCGGAAGAAGGAGAUAUGUUCGUCGUUCACCAAUAACUUUGAGGUUCCAGCCUACUUCAGGGAUUUUCCAAUGAGUUCAUUGAUUAAGACCACCUCUGUAUCCGAGUCUCAGAACAGUUUCUUCAAGAGGUACACUAAGUCUCGAUGUAAUCUAGUCGAGUUUCUUAUGCAUUACAACAAUGCGUUGGAUGCCCAAAGGAGCAAUAGCAACAGGUUUGAAUAUCAUGACUCCAACACUACCCCAAUGUUGAAAACAAAUUAUGCACUUGAGAGGCAUGCGUCAACAAUCUACAAUGACGGUGGAUUUAAGGCAAUUCAGGAAGAGAUUGAGGAAGCAAUUGAUUGUUGCACCAUGGUAAAGACUUCAAUCGAGGAUGACACUGAAAUAUAUGUGAUCAAUGACAAGUUCUCUAAGGAAUGGUCCGUGUCUUAUUCUGUCUCUGGAGAUUCAUACUUAUGUGGGUGUAAACUAUUUCAAAGACUUGGACUCGUAUGCAGCCAUAUUUUUUGGGUCUUACGAAACAAAAAAAUGAAGCUGGUUCCUGAUCACUUACAUGGGGGACGUUGGUUGAAGUCUAAUUUUGUCAAGCCUGUUCAUUGUGGUUUUGUUGACGAUAUUGAAAAAGCUCUCAUUAUCGAUUUGGCAACACAAGAAUGGAGGGAUAUGCAUGGUGAUUAUUUUGAGGUUGCACAGACUAUUAAGGGAAAAGUUGACCAAAUUCGUGCAUUCAGACAAAUUAUUGCUGAAGGGAAGAAAAUGAUAUUCGGUGAAGGGAUUGUAUUGUCUAUUAGUGAUAAGAGGCAAAUGAUUGAGAAUUUCUAUGGGUCUCAAGCCCCUAGCGAAAUAGAUGUCCAUCCUCCCGGCGUUGUCAAAACCAAGGGUUCAGGAAGACGGCCUCUUACUCGCCUUGAGCAAGCUAUGAAGAUGAAGGCAAAACCUGGUCGUGAAUGUGCCGAAUGCGGCGAGGUUGGUAAUCAUGAUGCAAGAAAUUGCAAAAAGAUUAAGGAGAAACAGAAGAAAAAGUAA